CACAAACGCCACUUGCAGUGUGGGUGCAGCUACUUGUUCUCGGUUGAUGGUACUUUCCAUGUUUAAAUAAUACAAUACUACAUUUCGUUGUGCUUUAGGUUAAGCUGGUCGUGUCAUACUGAAAGACUCGUACGAACAUGGCGGCGGUAUUUACCAGAUUCUUGGGCCUGAUGUUACUUGUUUGUUCCAUUCGUGAAUCAUCCGCUUCAGAAGAUAUAACGGUGUACAUGGACGAGAUGUGCUACGUGCCAAUCAAUUUCGACUUGAUUGAUGCCACGGAACAAAUAGUGAAAAUAUCCAGGUUCAAUACCUACCCUGCCAACAGUACCUGUUUUGUCAAGGUGGUGGCUAGAUCAGGCUACAGACUGAUGUUCAAAUUCCUGUCUGUUGAGAUGGACACUUGUAACGACUUCAUGGGUGUGUACGGCGAUACCAUUACAGCUCCAGAUGCGAUAAAUGCAUUUGUGUGUGUCCAGCCACACAACGUAUACACCACCCUAGGCUCGACAGGCAACUUGCUAUUCCUCAGUGAUGGAGUUGGAAAUGACGGAGGGAUGAGUAUCCUGGUAACAAUGUUCAAGACCAAGAAUGGCGAUUGUGGCAAGAAACAAUUCAACUGCGAUAAUAAUCGCUGCAUCCAUGACGACCUGAAAUGCAACUCCCGGGACAACUGCGGCAACAACCAGGAUGAGGAGGAGGGCUGUCGGUGGUGGCUCGGCUUGGUAAUCGGUCUGACCGCGACGGCGGUCAUCUCAACUACUGCAUUGAUCAUCUUCAUAAUAUUCUUGAAGAAAUAUUCGGGUCGUAAAAGGAUUCAAACCCAACCUGUUCGAGGCUGGGUCCUCAAUCAACCCCAUCAGGGCUGGGCGAUGACUCAGGCCUCGCAGAGCUCAGGGGGCCAACCCCACGUGCAAAAUGUAACACAUCCGUACCCCACAAAGAACGGCAACCUCACACAGUACUCAAAUAUCGAACAGGCACCCACGGUUCAUAGUCAGCAGUCCUCCCUUGAGACUCCAAGCUUUUCUGAUCCCCCGACCUAUAUGGAGACAGCACCCGCACCAUUUAACUACACCCUCCCAGCGGACACCGUUAUGGCACCUGCCCCUGCUCCAGUGAUGGCCUCCUCAGUAACAGGAGGGACGGGGGCCUACGGGCCACAACAAAUAUAACUCUAAAAUUAAACAAUGUAGGCAGGUCACUCUUAUGCCAGAAGUCCGUUGUGAUAUAUUUCAUAAAUCACACACACACCGUGACACACAGACAGUCGUGAUAUACUUCAUAAAUCACACACACCGUGACACACAGACAGUCCUGAUACUCUUCUUAAAGCAGACACACCAUGGCACACAGAGAGUCCUCGUAUACUUCAUAAAGCACACACACCGUGACACACAGACAGUCGUGAUAUACUUCAUAAAGCAGACACACCGUGACAUACUGACAGUCGUGGUAUACUUCAUAAAUCACACACACCGUGACACACAGACAGUCCUGAUAUACUUCAUAAAGCACACACACCAUGACACACAGACAGUCCUGAUAUACUUCAUAAAGCACACACACCGUGACACACAGACAGUCCUGAUAUACUUCAGACAAUGCGUGCACUGUAUGCAGACAAUGCGUGCACUAUAUACAGACAAUGCGUGCUCUGUAUACAGACAAUGCGUGCACUGUAUACAGACAAUGCGUGCACUGUAUACAGACAAUGCGUGCACUGUAAGAGAAUGUGUGUAGUGUCUACAGAUAAUGCAUGCACUGCACAGACAACGUGUGUACUGUACACAGACAAUGCAUGCACUGUACAUAGACAAUUUGUGUACUGUACACAAACAAUGCAUGCACUGUAUACAGACAAUGUGUGUACUGUACACAGACAAUGCAUGCAAUGUACACAGACAAUGCAGGCACUGUACACAGACAAUGUGUGUACUGUACACAGACAAUGCAUGCACUGUACACAGACAAUGCAUGCAAUGUACACAGAAAAUGUGUGUACUGUACACAGACAAUGCAUGCAAUGUACACAGACAAUGCAGGCACUGUACACAG